AUACAGCCCGGUACGUCGUCGCAGCUUUAAAUUGGUAAGGUCGUGGAGCCUGACGCCCCUUCCCAUCCUUCGAUGGGAUUUACCUCCUCUUCCGGCGUCAUUAUCUCCGAGAGGAAGACGAUGCGAGCCAGCCCCAUCCGCAUCCCGACUGUCAGCAAUGACACUAACUGGGACUUCUGCUUCCAUCUAUAUCUAACUGACCGUGUGUCUCUUCCCAAAGAGAAACUGGCCCAAUCCCAGAAGAAAGUAGCUCAGCUGAUUAAGGGAAAAAUGAUAAUAAAACAAAAAACUCACUGGAAUACCCAAGCAAAUAAGGAGCUGAUUCUCUGUGUCAUCCUCUCUCGGAUUAUUUUUGGGGAAGAACCCUGGAAAUGUGCACAGGCUUUGGCCACCCUGGCUUAUGGCUACCUGACCCUGAGAGGCCUCCCACCUCAGGCCAAGAAACAUGCUGAGUCUGCCAAGAACACACUGAUGACCUGGAAGGGAAACAUGACCUCAGACAAGGAGAAAAAGGAAAUCCUGGAGACUCUGGUCAUGCUCUACUACACUGUGGGGGUGGCCUGUCUCCUACAGAACCGUGGCAGAGAGGCUUAUUUCAACCUGCAGAAGUCAGAGAGAAACAUGAAGGAGCUGAAAAAAUCAUAUAAGGGAGGUGCUUGUGGAUUACAGGUCUCAGAGAAAGACCUAACAAUUGCUUUGGGCAGAGCCCCCUUGGCCAACCGCAGGUUAAACCUAGCUCUGGCAUACUUUGAAAAGGCUAUUGACAAUGUUAUUGCUGCUAAGGGUGAUAGGACAUCAGAUCUGGUUGGUCUUUACGAGGAAAUUGCUCAGAUCGAGCAGCUGAGGAGGAGCCAUGACCAGGCCGUCCAGUACUUGCAGCAGGCCCAUUCUAUCUGUGUUUUUUUGUUCACUGAAGUCAGCCCCCAAGCUGCAGAGGCGAGCGCGUUACUAGCCAAGGCUGAUGCCACGUCUGGAGAGGCCCAACACAGGGAUGCUGUUGAGAUAUAUUUUAUAAAAAGCAUCACUGCAUAUCAAACAACAUUGGGCCCAGAGGAUUAUGAAACACUGACGACCAUUGAAGAAUUUUGCAAAUGGCUUGUGCAAAAUGGGGAAAAACAGUGUCUGAUGAUUCAAAUCCUCAUAUAUGGACAUGAGCACUGUAAAAGCAGAGACACAGAAAACCUCCUUACCCUAAUGCAGAGGUCUUCUGUAAACAGUAAAGAGAAAACCUCUACACAGGAUAGCCAACAAUAAAGCCAACCUUAAUAACAAAAAUUCUGGACCACAAAAUAUAUUUACCAACACUGAUAGCAGUGGCAAAUCAAAAGCAGAACAAAGGACUCUGGAAAAAAAAAAGGUCCACUUAGCAGCAUUACAGCCAUUUGUCCAGCGUGUAAACCCUAGUAAUCAGCCAGUACCCAAGGCAUCAGCAGUGAGCAGCGUCCUGCUGCGGCAGGAGUACACAUCCACCAGUUAGUUAAUCCAGUGGCUCGUCCUUGAACUGCCAGGCUUCCUCCUUCCUGGCUGCUGCCGCUCGCCCUCAGCUGACUCCCAGAAUGCUUUAAGCUUGGCACUCAGGACUGAGGUCUCAGGUUGCGGCCCUGGCUGAAGGCACCUAUAUUCCAUUGACCUUCUCUGCAGUGCCUAUGAACUGGUCACCCAGUCGGUCACUGCAGAUUUUAGCCCUGUCUGGAGAUGGGACUGCUGCUGUUCUU